GGCUCCGUUUACCGUCGUCCCCAUUCACUUGCCAGCUUCUCUCUCUCUCUCUCUCUCUCUCUCUCUCUCUCUCUCUCUCCAACGGCUACCUAGACAGGAAAACCAUAUAAAUGUGGACUCAUUAACUACAAAUUAAUCACCACGGAGUACAAAACAGCUCCCCCCCAAAAAAACAAAAUACUUUGAUUAAUUUAUUUUCGUAUAUUGAUCGUCAAUAGCCGUUGGAAUGCCCAUUCAAUCACAUCCCAACAAGCCUCUUCCCCCAUCACAAUAAGUACCUUCUCUUUCCCUCCCAAACGAAGCAAAAAAAUCCCAAUCCACACCCUCUAAAAUCCCCCAAAUACCCACAUCCAAUACUCAUACUUGUAUAUAUACACGCAUCGGUAUAAACCACCAACGUCCGAUGGACUGCUUGAUUCUGCCCGUGUCGGUACUGAAAGCGCGGUGUUUGUGCUCCCGGCGAGGGUACCGGGCGCUGUCCGACGAGGAUUUCGGCGAUUCCGAUGAUCCGGUGACGGUGGUGGUGGGGAAGGAGAAGAGGGAGUUCGUGGUCGAACCUUUCGUCCUAGAAGAGAACCCGUUUCGGGUGUUGAUCGAUUUGCUCAAGGAAGACAACUGUGUGAAUUAUGUCAAGAAGAAGAGGGUGGUUUACGUGGACGUGGAUGUUAUUUUGUUUGAGCACAUGUUGUGGCUGAUGAAGAAUGAUUGUUCUUACUUGUUUCAGCUCAAUCUCAGGGACAUUGUUGAUUUCUAUGCUCAAGAAUAGGUAGAGUUAAAUAAGGGGGGAAAAACAGAGGAAAAAGGUAUACUCUUUUUUAUUAUUAUUAUUAUUUUUAAUUGGGAUAAUUUAAUGUUGUAAAGAAACAAACAAACAAUUCGUAUUCAUGUGUUAUGAUCUGACGGAAUUGGAUCUUCAAAUUUGCAAAAUUGUCGUUUGAUCAGAAAUUCGAUAAACAAAAUUGGGUGUUCUUUUGGAAAAAAAAGAAGCGUUGAAAAUCA